UCCUCUGAUGGCUGAUCAAUCAGUUUGAUCUGUGUGUUCUUUGAUUAUUGAUCAGUGAUGUCAGAGUGGAGUCAGUGUGAUGUUGUUGUUGUGUGUUUGAGACUUUUAGUGUCCAUGAAGGUCUCUGCUGCCGUAGAUCCUCUGAACUGUGACAGAGGUCUCACUCUGGAGGAAACUCUCAGCACUUUCCAGCAGCUCCUCCAUCAUGGAGGACGUUCCCUCACUGUAACAGGUGGAGGAGAGAGGAGAGGAAGCACAGGUGGAUCCUCUGAGGAAGAGGAGCGUUCCUACAAACCACAUGAUCACAUGACCAGAGGACAAGCAUGUGUGGAAACACAUUAAAGUCAGCCUGUAAACUCAGCGGGAGGUUUUCUGCUGUAAAUUAAACCGUGUUAUAUUUUCUUUAGAACAAAUCUUAGCACAGGGAGGAUCAGAUUUGAAAAAUUAUCACAGUACUGAGACGAAGACAUGAGAACAGAUGAAGUUAGUUUGGUCUUCCUGGUGCUGACUCUGACUGAGGUGACGAGUGGACGCUAACAGUUUGUGUGUCCCUGAUGGAGCUUUCUCAUCUUCUCUACAUCUCUGCUGGACAUAAGAGUCUGAGUCAGCACAUCCUCACUGCAGGUGUGAAGAAGGAAACCUCACAUACAAAAUGAGUACAAAGAGUUGAAUUUGAUUUGUAAAUGUAUGAAAUGUUUUGAGAAAGCUUAAAAACUGUCAGUUUUGUCAAAUUUAAAAUGUAAUUUCUAAAUUAAAGUUUCAAAUAAAAGCAGAAUAUUAAUCCCACAGAGCAGCAAACGCAUGUUACUAAAAGCAGUGCACGGUCAGCCAUGUAGACAGUACAUGUUGUUCCUCCUCUGAGUUUAAUUGUGAAAGUCGUUUGCUAUAAAAAUAUUUUAUUUUGAAGGAUCAACAGGAAAUGAUCAGUGUUUCUCUGUCUAUCUUAAGAGGACCAAACCUUUAGUGCAGCAGCAGCUGUGUGUUGUUGUUAUCAGGACUUUAACUGGAGAUGAAGAUGUUGCUGCCACUCCUGCUCCUCGUACUCGUUUCCCAGCAUGCCCUGGAUGCGGUUGUGGAGGUGUAUGAGGGGGAAGUAUCUGUCCUGUUGCCUUGCGAGUACUCAGGUUUUAUACCUGAGGACAAUCCCACAGUGCUGUGGACUCGCAAUGAUCUCAACCCCAAAUCUGUCCACCUACGACGAGAGGAAACAGAUGAUCUGAAAGGGCAAAACCAGCGUUACAGCGAGCGCACAUCAAUGAGGCCUGAUGCUCUGGACACUUUAGACUUCAGCCUCACUCUGAGAAAACCAACAAAGACUGAUAGCGGCAACUACACCUGCUCCAUUGGAAAUGAAAAGGAGGAACUGAAACUGACAGACAUACAGCUGCAUGUCAAAGACCAAGAACUUAAGGAGGAGGUCGUUGAAGGAUCAGAGUCUGUCAUCCUGCCAUGCAAAACAAAACCUGACCUGCCUGAGGGCACCAGAGUGAAUUGGACGAGAUUUGACAGAGGAAUCAUGAUAGUCCAUGGAUAUUCAAAUGGAAGUGACCAACUUAAGAACCAGGACGACCUUUACUGUGGUCGCACAAAGAUGAACAAAGACCUGCUAAGAACUGGAGACCUCAGUCUGACCCUGAAAUACCCCACAGAGAGAGACAGUGGAGGAUACAUCUGCACCAUCUACAGGGACAAAGACAUCCUGAGACAGAAAGUAGUGCUGCAGGUCAAAGAACGGAUUCCACCCUGGGUCACAGCUCUCCUGGUUCUCCUGGUUCUUCUUGGGGUUUCUGGAGGUCUUUUAUUUCAUUUCCGGCACUAUUUCAUGUCAGUCUCCUGGGUGGAGGUGGAUUCAGGGGUGGAGUCUGUCCAGCUGAUCUGCAAAACCACAGUUUGUCUGCCUAAAGAUGCUAAAGUGGAGUGGAAGGACAGAAACGACAGGAAGGUCCACGUGUAUGAGAACGGCUCUGACCAGCCUGAAGAACAGGACGAUAAAUACAAGAACCGAACAAAGAUGAAGAGAAACUUACUGGAACCUGGAGACCUCAGUCUGAACCUGAAAUACCCCACAGAUGGAGACAACUCCACCAACACCUGCACCGUCUACAGCAGGGAGGGAAACAUCCUGAUGAAGAAACAAGUGAAGCUGAAAGUCAGAGUCCCCCAGGUGGAGGUGGAGGAGGGGGUGGAGUCUGUCCAGCUGCCCUUCAACACCACACUUCACCUGCCUGAAGACGCUAAAGUGGAGUGGAGGGACAGUGAUGACAGGAAGGUCCACGUAUAUAAGAACGGCUCUGACCAGCCUGAAGAACAGGACCAGUUUUACAGAGACCGAACGAAGAUGAAUGAAGACCUGCUGAAAACUGGAGACCUCAGUCUGACCCUGAAACACCCCACACAUGGAGACAACUACACCUACGCCUGCACCGUCUACAGCAGGGAGGGAAACAUCCUGCUAAACAAAGAAGUGCUGUUCAAGGUCAGAGUCCCCCAGGUGGAGGUGGAUUCAGGGGUGGAGUCUGUCCAGCUGCCCUUCAACACCACACUUCACCUGCCUGAAGACGCUAAAGUGGAGUGGAUGGAUAACAAUGCAAAGGCCCACGUGUAUGAGAACGGCUCUGACCAGCCUCACAAACAGCACCAGGUUUUCAGAGCCCGAACAAAGAUGAAUGAAGACCUGCUGAAAUCUGGAGACCUCAGUCUGACCCUGACAUACCCCACAGACUGGGACAACUGGAUCUACACCUGCACCGUCUACAGCAGGGAGGGAAACAUCCUGCUGAAGAAACAAGUGAAGCUGAAAGUCAGAGUCUGUCAGGUGGAGGUGGAGGAGGGGGCGGAGUCUGUCCAGCUGCCCUUCAAAACCACACAAAACCUGCCUGAAGAUGCUGAAGUGGAGUGGGAACGCUAUGAACCUGAAUACAGGAAGGUCCACGUGUAUGAGAACAGCUCUCACAAACAGCAUCAGGGUUACAAAGACCGAACAAAGAUGAAUGAAGACCUGCUGAAAACUGGAGACCUCAGUCUGACCCUGAAAUACCCCAAAGAGAGAGACAGUGGGAGAUAUGUGUGUGAAGCGAGGAGGAACGGACGGAUUGGAUAUAAAACUGUGCUGCUGAAAGUCAGGGAGAGUUCAGGUCCAGGAUCAAACAGGGGACAUCAGGAACAGAAGCAGCUCCAUUGAUCCGACUCCUCUGAUGGCUGAUCAAUCAGUUUGAUCUGUGUGUUCUUUGAUUAUUGAUCAGUGAUGUCAGAGUGGAGUCAGUGUGAUGUUGUUGUUGUGUGUUUGAGACUUUUAGUGUCCAUGAAGGUCUCUGCUGCCGUAGAUCCUCUGAGCUGUGACAGAGGUCUCACUCUGGAGGAAACUCUCAGCACUUUCCAGCAGCUCCUCCAUCAUGGAGGACGUUCCCUCACUGUAACAGGUGGAGGAGAGAGGAGAGGAAGCACAGGUGGAUCCUCUGAGGAAGAGGAGCGUUCCUACAAACCACAUGAUCACAUGACCAGAGGGGCGUGGCCUUCAGUGGUAGUAAUAAAGGAACAGUCCACAUGUUCCACUUUGAAGGCUCAUCUCCAACAAAGCAGACCUGUGAUCACUUUAACUCAGUAUGAUGGAUUGUUUGGAUUUGUCUUUGUUUCUCUGGAUUUUUUCUGUAGGUUCUCUGCUGUAAAUGGAGCCGUGUUGUGUUUUCUUUAGAACAAAGCUGAGCACAGUAAGGAUCAGAUUUAAAAAAUGAUCACAGGACUGAGACAAACAAAUGAGAACAGAUGAAGUUAGUUUGGACUUCCUGGUGUUGACUCUGACUGAGGUGAUGUUUCACAGAGCUGAGUGGGCACUAACAGUUUCUGUGUCCUUGAUGGAGCUUUCUCAUCUUUUCACCAUCUCUGCUGGACAUAAUCAGGAGUCUGAGUCAGCACGUCCUCGCUGCAGGUGUGAAGAAGGAAACCUCACAGACAAAAUGAUGUAAAUGUAAAAAGAAGGUUUUGACAAAGCUUAAAAACCUAUGUUUGCAUGAAAAGUGGGAACUAGCACUAGAGAUGAGGCUGAUUAAGCAGUUCCUGGAUGCUGUUCAGUGCCCACUCUAAGGUCCAGUGUUUUUUAACUAAAGAUUUAAUUUGUUGCUUUUCAAAAAAUCUAUUAAAUAAUUUCCCCUAGGGAUCAAUAAAGUAUUCUGAUUCUGAUUCUGAUUCUGAUAUUCUUGAUAAUCCCGUAUUGUAUAAG